AGGCCAACGGUUUUUCACUUGAUUUUUCCUAGCAGCAGAAAACCGACAACAGACAACAAGAUGUUCAGCGGAAUUACUGGAGGAGCUAAAUCCUCACUGAAGAACCUCGGCAGCAAGGCAGAAGGGCUGUUCGAUAAGAAGAAGAAGGAAGCGCAGGAUUUGGCCAACGAGAAGGUCCAGGCCGCGUCCAGCCUAGCCGAGGAACAGGCAAAGAAAACGCAGGAAUCCUUCAGCAAAACCAAAUCCGAUGCGGAAGCAUUGGCAUCGUCGGCGGCGGGCGAGAUCGAUGCUACCAAGCAGCAAGCAUCGGCUGCCGCGGAAACAACGUCGCAGGCCGCUGGAACGCUGAUGGACCAUGCCAAGCAGGCGGCCGAAAAUGCCAUCCAACAGAGUGCCGUCGUGGUGGAGCAAGCGAUCGAGGAGCAGAUGAAGGUGGCCGAACAGAAGGUGGACGAUGGUAUGAAGCGGGCGAGCGAAGAAGUCGAUCGGAAGCUGCAGGAAGCGAACCGCGUGGCCGAUGAGAAGCGUGGCGAGCUGGAGCAGAAAGUGAACGAUGUGGCUAGCAAGGCCCAAGAGUCCGCUACUGCCGGUGCUGCUGGACUGUUGGGCAAGCUGAACUUGGGAAAGUAAAU